CAGGGACCUACUAUAUACACCACCCGGCUGCAAUAUUAAUCAUCCGCCAUCUCCCCAAUCUCCUUCCGCAAAAUAUGCCUCCUCCACCCUCCGCCAGGUCGGCAAGGCUCCAUGACUUGUCCUCCGGGGAGCGACCGGUCCAUCGGGCCGCGUGUGAAUCCGGCCUGCCGCGCAUUCGACUUCACCUUGGCCUUUGAAGACGUCGUGCUGGCGUGCGUGCCGGCCGCCGUCUUCUUGCUGACUGUUCCUGUCAGCCUUGCGCGUAUUGUCCGUCGACGACAUGCCGCCAGCUGGUGGUCAUGGCUUUUAGCCUGCAAAACGGUGGCCUUGACGGCGCUCGCGGCUGAUCAUAUCGCCCUCGCCGUUCUGCGGCAGCAACGAGAGGGCCUCCAAACAUCGGCCUCGCUUCCAGCGGACAUUUUGAAUGUUCUCGCUACGGCUGCUGCUCUACUCUUGUCGUCUGCGAACCAUGCUUGGUCUACACGCCCCUCUAACCUCCUCGCCAUUUAUCUGUCGGUUUUGGUGCUUGGCGGGAUUCCAAGAGCUCGUACACUGUGGACAAUAGAACCCAAUGGCGCUGCUGCUGCGACAGCUGUUGCGUCUGUUAUUCUGGUGUUCUCUGCAGUGGUCUUCGAAUCUAUUCCGCAAGUCCGACGGACGAGAGAAGGCGAAGAACCAGUCACCCCGGAGCAAACGAGCGGCUUCUGGAUUCGGGCUACGUUUGCCUGGCUCCUGCCUACUUUUCGGUUAGGUUAUAGCAAGGUGAUCGCAGUGGAGGAUCUCCCCGUCAUGGAUGCCGGGUUGAAGAGCCAAGUCACCCACGCGCAGCUUGCACACAAGUUCAGUCGAUACGCCCGACAUGAUCGCCACGGCCUCGUACGAGCUUGUCUACUCGCCAACCUGUCGACUCUCGGCGCCGCCGUCAUCCCACGCCUCUGCUUGACAGCUUUCACCUUCUUUCAGCCGCUGCUGCUUGACAGGACGGUGACGUGGAUUGGCGAUACCUCUGCAAGCGUCAACGUUGGCAAAGGCCUCAUUGGAGCAUGGGCACUUGUGAUGCUGGGGCUGGCGAUCUCUCAAUCCAUCUAUCAGUAUCAGAGUUCUCGAUUCGUGAGCAAAGUGCGCGGCAGCUUGCUCGCACUGACUUAUCAGAAAACCCUCCAGACCAGAGUGGUCGAGCAAGGGAAGGUCACGGCAGUUUCCCUGGUGGGUACUGAUAUUGAACGCAUCGUCGCUGGCUUUCGAGUGCUUCAUGAAGUAUGGGCUUCGCUUCUCGACGUCGCCAUAGCCACUUGGCUACUGGAGAGGAAGAUGUAUCUUGCUUGCAUCGCACCAGUCAUCCUCGUGUUUGGCUUCAUUGGAUUGACAGGACGGCUUUCUGUUGCCGCCAACAACGCCCAGCAGCGAUGGAUAGGAAAGGUACAGGAACGGCUCCGCUUAACGACCAGCUUUCUGGACGGCGUCAAGUCGUUGAAACUAUUGGGACUGACCGAGAAAAUGUCGACCAUCAUUCAAAGCGCGCGCGUGGAGGAAAUCAAGGCCUCGGAAGGCUACAGAAGAGUGCUCAUCGGAAUGCUCCUGCUCUCAAACACACCUCUAAUCCUAGCGCCGAUGGUGACCUUUGCAGUCUAUGUGAUCAUCUCCGUAUACUGGAAGAACACCACGCUAGAAGUCGCUCAGGCUUUCACCUCGCUAGCUCUCAUCGCCUUGCUGGCGUUGCCCGUCGUCAUCUUCACCCAAGCGCUCCCAAGCGUCGUCGAGUGCAUCGGGUGUUUCGACCGGAUUCAAGAGUUCUGCCACUACGCCACCACCGCUUCAGACGCUUUCGACGAUCCCAAUGACUGCGAGAAGUGCUCGGUCGAGCCCAAAACGGACCAGCAAACGCAAGCGGCAGUGUCGUUUCGAAAUGAGUCCUUCAAGUGGAAGGAGACGGAGCCUGCGGUGUUGCACAACGUCAGCAUUGACAUUCAGCCUGGGAAGAUCACGGCGCUCCUGGGCCCCGUUGGAAGCGGAAAGUCGACUUUACUCGAGAGCAUUCUAGGCGAAACUCUCUCGAGUGCAUCCAGACAAGGUCUGGACGGCCAGCGUGUCUCUUACUGCGCACAGGAGCCUUGGCUGGAAGACAGCACUAUCCGGGCAAACAUUCUCGGAGCCUCGGAGUUUGAUGCGGAGUGGUACAGGGUAGUGAAGGAUGCCUGCGGCCUCACAAACGAGAUUCAGCAUUUGGCAAACAAGGACGACACUCGAGUGGGCAGCAAGGGGGCAAAUCUGAGCGGCGGGCAGAGACUUCGAGUGGCCCUGGGUCGAGCUGUCUAUGCGAGGAACCGUCUGGUCCUCCUCGAUGACAUCUUCAGCGGACUAGAUGAGCGGGCUGUUGGGUCCAUCUCGCAACGUUUGCUCGGGCCGAACGGGUUGUUCAGGGCUCAGCGGGUCACGGUGGUGCUGGCGACUCAGAGACUGCAAGUGUUGAACCACGCGGAUACGGUGCUGUGUGUCGAUAAUGGGGUGGUUUCGAUUCGUGAGCCUCAAAACAAUGGAUACGCGAACUUACUCCACUCUAUCCGGCCGAAGAAGGAUGCUGCUGUUGAGGAGGCAGGCACCGAAACCCUAGAUACAUCGGACGAUGUUCCGAAGGAGGCAGCAAACGAAGUCAUCACCGACGAUGCCCGGCAACGGAUGCACGGAGAUGCCUCAAUCUACAAGUACUACCUGGCCGCUUCGGGAUAUCUUGCGGUGGGCGGCUACGCGUUGUCCAUGGUCCUUUGGAUGUUCUUUGCCGAGUUCUCCACCGUGUGGGUCAAGUGGUGGUCCGAAGAGGAUUCUGUGCAUCCGAAUCGAAGAGUGGGAGUGUAUAUGGGCAUUUACGCCUUGUUUGGAGUGCUCGGCGCAUUGUGUGCAUGUGCUACGGCUAGUUGUCAGUUUCUGUUCAUGAUCUCUCGAUCAGGAUUCCGACUGCACUUGGAUCUCCUUACGGCUACAGAGAAGUCCUCGUACUGGUUUUUCACUUCUGUGACCAGCGGCGAGAUCAUGAAUCGAUUCAGCCAGGACAUGGAGCUGAUUGACAUGGCAUUGCCAAUAGCGUUCGGGAACUACGCUUCAACUGCUGUAUCCUGCCUGGCCCAGCUGCUCGUUCUCCUCGUCUUCUCGCGCUAUCUGGCGAUCGCACUUCCUCUGCUAGCUGCAACGUUGUACGCUGUCCAGAGAUUUUACCUGCGAACUUCUCGCCAAAUCCGCCUGCUGGGAAUCGAAGCCAAAGCAGCGCUGUAUACCGCCUUCAUGGACAGCGAAGCCGGAGCAGUCACCAUCCGUGCUUUUGGCUGGCAAUCGCACUACCAGCAUCACGCCUAUCGUCUAAUCGACACCUCGCAACGCCCGGUACACCUGCAGAACUGCAUUCAAGACUGGCUUACAUUCGUAUUGGAUGUCGUCAUGGCGGCUGUGACGGUCCUCUUGAUCGCGAUCGUUGUCACGUGGCGGGCCAAGUUCAAUGCUGGGAGUGUGGGCAUCAGUUUGGUGAUGAUCAUUGGCUUUGGGUCUUCGUUGACCAGACUGAUCACCAACUGGACCGCCAUGGAAUCGAGCAUUGGAGCUAUUUCAUGUGUGAAGGCCUUCGUUGAUAGAACUGAUGCGGAUGACAGCGGUGCUUCAAAGAAAGAAGCUCUGGAUCCCGCAUGGCCGCAAGCGGGCGCGGUGCAGCUGUCUCACGUCUCUGCGUCGUAUCGCGAGGGAGAACGCAAUGUGUUGAGUGACGUGUCCCUCUCGGUGACCCCGCAUCAACACAUUGCAAUAUGCGGUUCGUCCGGGUCAGGCAAGACGUCGCUCAUGCUCGCCACCCUCCAGAUGAUCCACGCCCAAGGUGAGAUCGUGAUUGACGGCGUCAACGUGUCGCAAUCAGAUUCGAGGACACUUUGCCAGCGAAUCAGCGUGAUUCCACAAGAUGCAUGUAUCAUGCCUGGGACGGUGAGGUUCAAUGUGGACCCAUGGGGCGCAAAAUCGGACGAGGAUGUUCAGCGUGCGCUCGAGCGGGUGGGACUUGCGGACGCUGUCAGCAGCCGGGGUGGGAUAUCUGUGCAAAUGGAUGUGAAGGCCUGGUCUGCAGGACAGAGGCAGUUGCUCGGUCUCGCGCGGGCGAUGAUGAAGGAUGCGAGGAUUUUGAUUCUUGAUGAAGCGUCAAGCAGUGUGGACACGGAGACGGAGAAUACGAUUCAGGACAUCAUUGACAGCUACUUCAAGCACGUCACAGUGCUGGCUAUCAUGCACCGGCUCAACCAUAUCGAACGCUACGACAAAGUCGCGCUCUUUGACAGCGGGCGAUUGAUGGCGUACGACGAGCCUGCAAAUCUAAUAGUCGGAUCAAGUUUCCUCGCAGAGCUGAAAAAGUGAGCAUACAUAACACGGGUAUCAAUCUAUC